CGCAGCGCCACCAAACUCAACAUGUCAGAAGGAGCCGUCAAUUUGUCGAAGAAGCACAACAAGCACCAUGGCCAUGGCGCAGAAAAGAAGCACCACGCGCAAGCACACGACCACGAGAAGAGCCAUGGCCACAGCAAGGAGCUCACACACGAGCUACAGCAUCCAGGAGCUGAUAGUUCGCUGAAAGUGCUUCUGACGCUGUCUCGCCACGGCAGUCGCCGUCCCAACGCCAUCUCGAGCACGCUCUGCCCCAACAACGUUGCGAACGCCGAGUCGUACCACGUGCCGCCCGAGCAAUUGACCGAGGUCGGUAUGGAGCAGAUGCGUCUGGCCGGCGAAGAGAUUCGACGCGAAUACAUCGAGAACCAGGGGUUUCUCUCCAACUCGAUCGGUGGCCCUGACAACAAACACUUUGAAACGUACUUUCGAUCGGACGCAGCGGAUCGAUGUGCCCAGAGCGCGAUCGCGCUCGGCUACGGCCUGUAUCCAGACUCGACGGCGCCGAACCAGUACUUCCACCAGCCGAUCUCGGUGUACAUGAACCAGCUGCGAAACGAACACGACUUUGCCGCGCCCAAGGGUCCGUGCAAGGCUGUGGCCAAGGCCGACAUCAACACGUACUUUCAAACCCGCGGGCUGGAGACCAUCGCCCAGCACAAGCCGCUGCUGGAGAAGGUCGGGCAGGCCUGCGGCAUCAACGUGUGGAACAUCCCGAACCUUCCUGACGGCGAAGACCUCGUGACCGGCAUCAAGGACAUCGCGGACACGUUCACGUUUGACUCGCAACAGGGAUUGCGCCGCCUCAAGGGAGUCACGCCGGAGCUGCAGACGGAGAUCGAAGGCCUGGCGUUCCAGCACCUGAUGGAGCGGUACUACUCGACGGACCGCGAGGUCACGUACUGGGUGGGUGGGUUCCCGACAUUGAUGCUCAAGAAUCUCCAGGUCCCGCCACCGGAGAAGGCCGAGAACGCGUUCAAGUACUACUCGUACCAUGGCCACCGCGAGCUCGUUCAUGGGUUGGGGAUAUUGUUGGGGUGGGCGUUUGACUUUCCCGGCCAGCCGCGCGCCCUCGACACGUCGGCGCUGGAUCCGGCCACGACCAUGUUCUUUGAGCUGCACCAGGUCAACACGUCCGAGUUCAUUCGAACGUUUGUGUGGUCGCCACGCACCCGCCGCACCCAGGUGAAGUUGGCCAAGUGCUCGACGCUCGACUGUCCGUUGGCCGAAUUCGCCAGCAUUAUUUACAACCACACGAAUGUGACAGGGACGUGGGAGCAGAUAUGCAACUACCACCCGGCAACGUUUGCCCCGGUCGUUGCAACCACGCCCAAGCCAGUGGAGACGGUGAAACCAAGCGAGCCAUCGACAACCACGCCAAAACCAGUUGUGACUGAAUCGGAACAACACGAGGCAUCCCCUCCUCCAGUGGAAACAGCUGAGACUCCCGAGCCGAGCGUGGCUCCAACCACCACGGCAAAGCCUUCAGACCCCGUCCCACUCACCGAAACCAUUGCCAAACCCAAGGGAGUUCACGGCACCUGGACGACCACCACCUCGGCUCCUGUAGCAGCAUCGACGACGAAACACGUCGAGACCACGCCAAAACCAAUUGUGACGACAGAAACACAAACCCCAAAGCCAUUGGAAACGACUGAGACUCCCGAGCCGACCGAGGGCGUCAUGGCGUCGGUGACGCCAUCUGUGAUUCUAGUCACUACGGCAAAGCCCGCAGACCCCAUCCGACCUACCGAAACCAUCGCCAAACCCGAGGAAAUUCACAGCAGCUGGACACCCACCACCCUGGCGUCUGUAGCAACAACACCAAUAGUGGUAGCGCAGCCGGGGUUGCGCCUCACCAAGCUCAAGUCUGUCGAACUGCCUCCUAUGGGCAUCUUCGAAGGCAUCGGGUGGGCAUCGUAUCUGACCGUGGUUGCCGCCCUCGUGUUCGUGGCUAUUAAACGGGCAACUCGGCGCCAGCAAUCAGGGUACCGACAAUUGACUUAGUGCUUUUAUUUCAAGUACACCGCAUGGUCUGCAUUGCGUACAUGCAACGGCCUUCGUCGCAUCCUCGACAUUUCGUUGUGUUGGGCGUCAGCUUGUGCUAGGGAUGUCGAGAGUUUGUAAACACCAGGACCGCAAGAGCCAUUACAGCUUAAUCUAUUCGGCGGUAACCCGACUGCGGUCGUC